AUGAGCUCUCUCGUCUCAGACGUCACUAAGGCAGCAACCACGGCUGCCACAGCUGCUACUGACGCUACUACGUCGGCUGCUACCACGGCUGCCAAAGACACUACGAGCAUGGCUCAGAACAUCAGCAAGGAGCUUGAGACUCUCCUGUCUAACUUGACUGGCGAGACGCAGCAAGUACUUCACGUCUACUCCUACGACACCCAUACCAGGGUGAUCAAGGAAAAGGCUUGCAUUGCCAUGAAAAAUGCGGAUCCAAGCAAGAUGAAGCUUUCCAAUGUCCGUGAGCUGCUAGUCAGUGAGAAGGUCUUGGAACCCAAACUGCUGUGGAGUACCUUUUGCAACCAACGUGGCGCGAAGGUCCUGGACAGUCAUAGUUUCCAGGCGUAUCUUGAUAUCUUGAAUGAGAAGUCAAGUGAAGUUGGCGAAAUCGAUGCUGAUAAUGCCGACACUUACCGAGUAUACCUGAAACACGAAGGUGAUGAGGUUUUCUUCCCAUUGGGCGGCAAAGUCAUCGUGGACAACAAGAUCGCAGGCGUGUCUGCUGCAGAACAGCCUAAAGCUCCUGCAGUGCCUACUACUUUCAGUCACAACAUCUUCACCAAUCCAAACACCACCUUCGCCGUUGUCCACCCAGCAGACAUGUCGGAGAAGCACUGGAGUGUUGUCAUCCGUAAUAACAGUCUUCUCAACGCUCACCAGGUAGUUGAGGUUGAUGACAAGGUGGGAAAAGUUGUUGAGCGCUCAAUGCAUACCGCCUUUAUUCUUAGGCCGCGGCCUUUUCUGAACUACCAGAUCUCUGACAGUGCUGCGUCGGACUCUAUUGCUAAGCAGAAGCAAAUGCUGAGGAUCCCCCGGUUCCGCAUCGAGGAUGAUUCGUAUGUUGAGCAGUUCGAGAAGACAAAGUCUGUCUCGCGUGCCAUUGCACAGAGCUCUUUGUCGCAGACUGCAGCUGAAAUGGCCGUUUCAGGGGGAGCGUUUGGCUUCAAGGCUAGUGCAUCCGCCAGCUACAGUGAGAAUAACUCAUCUUCAUCGGCGUCAACCUCAACCGAGGAUACCAAGGUUUUGACAAUCACCUACAACUUUCCACGGGUGGUCAUUGACCUCGAUCACCACAGUCUGGAUCUUACGGAGGAAUGCAAGGCUGACUUGCUCUCUGUGGAUUCGGCUGCCAGCAUUGCUAGCUUCAAAGAUAAAUACGGUCGCUUCUUCGCUACUCGAGUUCAACUCGGUGGAAGGCUUUUGUCUUCUGAAGACAUUACAGCAACCACUAGCACUGCCAAGUCUGAACAGGCCAACGCCAUGAAAGCGGCGGCAGCUCUUUCAUUUUCCUCUCCAUAUGUGCAGGCUUCCGCAAAGAUGAGCUCCGACAAGUCCUCCACUUCGAGCUCGGACACGUCGAACGCUGCUUCGACCAAGUCAAUGUGCUGGGAAGCCAAAGGCGGCGAUACCUUGCUCUGCAAUGACCCGCCUGCAUGGGCCGCCACCGUGGGCUCAUUCUACUCCUGGCGCGCCGUUAAACAAUCCAAGGUCAUCGCUCUGGAAGACAUGAUCUCCACUAUCCCAGGAUUCCAGUACAUCAAGCAAAAGUUCGCGGAUAUCCUGAAGAACGACCAGCCAACCCUCACCACGGUAUCCGUCGGGUUCCAGCUUUCGCAUGGACCUGACAACAAGCUUCUUACCGUGAACCCUACUCUCACCGAUAACGAUGAUACCGAUACUUUCGAAAAUGACGUCUAUAGCAUGGCCACGACAACAACCAUGACCGCCGAACGCUACGACUACCUCCACAAACUCGGUAUAAUCGAGCAAUCCUCAGAUGCGGUGGGCCUGUCAGCGAAAAGCAGCAGCUCUGACAGCCAGAACUUCUACGUUGACGUAGAAACUACCGAAGGUAAAGAGGUCAAGCAGCUUAAAUACAACUACCCAUACCGCAUCUACAACAAGCCCAGCAGUACUAGCAGCGACCAGUCCUGGCUUUUCUCGAGUCCUACUCUUCAGGGAUACGUCUCCACGUCGCUCAUCUAUGCCAGCACAAAGCAUCGUGCCUCUUCCUUCCAAUUCAAAAACAUUACCAUUGGUGAGACGUCUGAGUAUAUCACGAGUGGAUCCCGUGUUCAUAUCGUUAUGUUUGAUCAUAAUGGCACGGAGAUCGGCACGGCUACUCGUCAGCCACGUCUUGGUGAUCGAGUUGGUGUUGAUUCGGAACAUUUUGGCAGGAUUCGGUUGAAUGAGUUUACUUUGACUUAUCUUUGA